CGGUGGGAGAGGCGGUUGUUGGGUGGGCCGGCUCCUGAGUGGCGGACUCGGCGAUGUUGCUCGGUUUUUGACCGCGUUUGACAGUUGGCUCGUGCAAGGAAUUGGUAGACCCGGGACCCGAGCUGGAGUGAGACGUGGAGGCUGAGCGUUUGCAGGAAACCGUGCAGGUCGCCUGUGCAACCUUUAAAGGGCAGGUUCUUGAGGCCAAGUACCUGGCCCAGAUCAUCGUGAUGGGUGUGCAGGUGGUGGGCAGAGCCUUUGCCCGGGCCCUGAGGCAGGAGUUCGCAGCAAGCCAGGCAGCCGCUGAUGCUCGGGGUCGUGCUGGGCACCAGUCUGCAGCUGCAUCUAACCUCUCUGGCCUCAGCCUUCAAGAGGCCCAGCAGAUUCUCAACAUCUCCAAGCUGAAUCCUGAGCAGGUCCAGAAGAAUUAUGAACACCUGUUUAAGGUGAACGAUAAGUCCGUGGGAGGCUCUUUCUACUUGCAGUCAAAGGUUGUCCGUGCGAAGGAACGUCUAGAUGAGGAACUCCGAAUACAAGCCCAGGAAGAGAGAGAGAAAGGGCAGAUGCCCAAAACGUGACUGCUGGCCACUCCCACCCCACCCAUUGCCUCAUAAUUUAUAGCUUGGUAAUAAAUGUCUUUUCCAUGUUU